UUGUCGCUCCUUUACCUGAGUGCGUAGAAUCUGCUUUCUCUUGCUGUUCUACUACCAGUUGGAGCUUUACGCAAUUACAAAUACUGUCUCUCUGCUCUCGCUCUCAAGACUUUCAGGACAAUAUAUACAUAGUUGGACUGGUCAUCAUGGCUAUUGAAACAGAAUGCAGUACCGAUGGUACUUCAAUUAUUGUUGGAGAAAAUACUUUAUUAUUUGCAGCAUUGAAAGAGCGCAUGAGAAGAAGCCCUGCUAUACCACCCUUGCCUUCCACAUGCUGCAUCUUCAAAGUUCCCGAAGUGCUCCGGAGGCAUAAACCAAAUGCGUAUGAACCUGACGUCGUGUCAAUCGGACCCUUCCAUCGAGGCAGUGAUGAAAGAUUCCAGCUCAUGGAAACUGUGAAGCAGUGGUAUUUAGAUACCCUUCUCACCAGAAUGGAGAUAAGCUUAGACGAAUUCAUCGUGUUAUUGCAUAAAGAAGGCAUCAUUGUUGAGUUUGAGAAACGGGCCCGUCAGUUUUAUGCAGAACCACUUGAUCACGAUACAGAGAGUAAGUUCAUAGAAAUAAUGAUACUUGAUGGCUGCUUCGUAAUACAACUAGUUCGGAAGAUUGUUGAUGUGCAUGCAAGAGAUGCUGGGGACCCCAUAUGGAACAUGGAUUGCAUGUUCCAAUAUGUAUGUCAUGAUCUUUUGCUGUUAGAAAAUCAGCUUCCUUGGUUUGUUCUCAGCCGUUUAUAUGACCUUAUCCGGAAAAAACUACCCGGUGAGCAUGAGCCCAAGUUCAGAGUAGUCCUGCUCUUCGCCUUCAGCGAAGUAAAAUCGUUGGAACAAUAUUUGAAGCCCUAUCGUGCACGUCACCACAGGGUUGAUGACAAAAAAGUUUGCCACAUACUUGAUCUAAUAAGAACUUGCAUUGUUUUAGACUUCAAUGAAGAGUCUGAAGAAGAGUUCGGAUUGGAUAUUCCUCCAGCCACUGCUCUCUCAGAAGCAGGCGUCAAAUUUAAAAAGGGCGACUCGGCUGAUAAUCUACUGAACAUCAAAUUUGAAAAUGGGGUUUUAACAAUUCCAGAACUAGCAAUUGGAGAGUUGACCCAACCAUUAUUCAGGAACCUCAUCGCCUUUGAGCAGUGCUAUCAUGGUCGUUCUCAACAAAUAACAUCUUACGCCUUUUUCAUGGAUAAACUCAUCAGUUCCGAUAAGGAUAUAAAGCUCCUUUCUGAGAAAAAAAUCUUAGCUAACUGGCUCAACGUUGAAGAUGGUUCUAAGUUCUUUAACAGCCUUUACAUUGACACCACACUCAAAGAUUUCCAGUAUGCCAAACUCGGCGCUGAAGUGAAUAAAUAUUACCAAGUUAAAUGGAAUAAGUAUUUCGAACAAUUGAGGCGCGACUACUUUAGUAGCCCAUGGAAAAUUAUUGCUUUGACCGUAGGGAUUCUCAUUCUGCUUGUCACCUUAAUGCAGUUCAUCCUUAGUGUUCUGUCCUCAACACUUUUUACGGGUAUAAGGGUCCAUGAAUUAAGUGCUGAUAUGUAGUUGUAUGUAUUGUUAAGAGUUUGUUUAAUUAAUAAGCUGAGAGAGUUGUUAAGAGUUUGUUUAAUUAAUAAGCUGAUAGAGAUGUUAUAAACUUGUAUAUAUAUA